AUGCCUACAGGACCCGAAUGCACAGGCAUCUCUCGGCUGAGGGACCUUCCUGAAUUGCUAUUUUUAGAAACAGUUGAGCCAGUGGUGGUGGCGUCUGAAAGCUCUGGAAUCUUUUCCUUCGUGCGGCAACAAAUUUUUCCUGCAGAGGCUCCUCGGUGCUUUUCUUGGGCUCAGCGGUGCGGCUUGGAUGGCUCGUUCCCUGGGAGCGCGCGCGCUGAGCCCUUUGGAAACCAGGCAGCAGGACGGGGAUCAGCGGCCCGCAAAGGGGAAAAAAUCAGGCCUGGGAAGGGUCCUGCAAGACAGCUGCUUUAUUUAUAGUUCCGAAAAUGGUGCUUGUUGGGCUGUCCUGAACUUUUGUGGAGGUUCAAAUUUGGAAACUGUCAUGAUCAAAAUGACAGCGGUAACUGUACCUAA